AUGAUGCAACCUACUCGCUGCUUUGUCAUCUCCCUUCUCCGUUUGUCGCCUUGCCGUCACUCCCUAAACGCCCUCCUUCAUCCCUCCUUUCAGUGGAUUGAGGCUGCGGACGCCGCCGUUAAGGCGGCUAAGGAGAAGGCGGAAGAUGUACAUGGGAGGUUGGAUCAUAAUAAAAACGAUGCUUCAGGGACCGUGAUUGGUCAGGGGAUUGGUAAAAUUGAGGAAGCUCAAAAGCAAGUUUCGCAAGUUGACAAAAAGCUCAGUCAGCAUAUUGAUGAGUUGGGAACAUGGAAAUCUGCGGCGCACAGUGUCCUUUCCACAGCGGUUGAAAAGGCAGAAGAGGUGCGUGGCAAGUUGAACCCAGAUGGUAAGGAUCCUAUUGGUCACAACAUUGAGAAGAUUCACACAUCCAACGAGGCGAUUAAAAAAGCAAAUUCGCAACUUAAAAGCCAAGUUGAGAGUCUGCAUUCUUGGAUCACCACGGCAGAGGGUAUCCGCCAAAAGGCCCAGAAGAAGGCUGAAGAGGCUUAUAAAAAGCUAAAACCUCAUGAGGCUCUGAGUAAGAAAAUCGGAGAGAUUAUGGAUGCUAAUAAGAAAAUUAAGGACGUUCAUACUGAGCUGGGUAAGGUUCAUAAUAAUCUGGGAAUGUGGAAUCAGCAGGCCAAGAAAGUGCUCGACGGGGCGAUUGACAAUGCUACGACAGUGUAUAAUGGUUUGAAUGAUGGUCACGCUGUGAUGAAUAAAAUUGGUGAAAUUGAUAGUGCUAGACAGCAAAUUGUCACUGCGAAUUCACAACUUGCCAGCGAAGUUGACAAUUUAGGUAAGUGGAAGACUGCGGCCGGGAGUGUUAUUGACAAGGCGGAUGGGAAGUGUGAGGAGAUACUUAAGAAAGUUAAAGCAGAAAAAGAUGGUAAAAGUGAUACAAUUUUUGAAUAUGCAAAUGAGAUGAGUGAGAAGGGUGUUGAGCUCUUUAGGGCUGCGAGUGAGGCUAAGAGCCUUGUUGAGCAGAAAGUCACUGAAGCCUUGGAGGCUGUUGUGGCCAUGGACAAAUCUCUCAAGACGGAUUUGAAGAGUGUGAAAGGGAAGAUUAAAUUAGGGAUUGAAGAUGUGAUUGAGAGGUUGCAGGUUAAGGAGUUGGAUCAGAAAGUGAAGAUUGAUUUGCAGAGUUUGAAGAGUAAGAUUGAGGGGCUUAAAGGAGAGGUUAAUCAGAGUGAAAAAAAGAAUAGUAAAAUUGUAAGUGAGCAUUUAGAAAAACUUGAAAAUGCCAAAGACGAGUUAAAUAAGAAUGGAGUUACCCCAAUUCAGAAUGCGGAAAAGCAACUUGACCAGAAGUUUAAGACGCAUAUCCAAGAGGAGCUUAACGGUAAAGUCCAACAAGUUUACUCGGCGAUUGGGGCGCUUGGCGGGAAGUUUAAGGAUCGCACGACGGCUACAAGUAUUCAAGGAAUUUUCGAGCAUAUUAAAACAAAGGUUGGGAAGAUUAAGGGGAAGGGAGGGAAAAUAGGGGACAAUGGUAAAUGGGCAGACACAGGCUCUGCUUUAGAGGGCAUUAAGAAUGCGGUGCAGGAGUACGUCACGGCUGUUGGGGAAAAUAUGCGAGAGAGCACAAUGGAUGACUGGCUUCCUAAAAUUUUGGGGGAGGACAAGCAACCGGUGAAGGAACCAAUUAAGAGGUGGAUGGAGAGCGGUGUAGGGAUCUCGGGGCAGUUAAAUGGUGGUAUCACUGAUGCGGCGUCAUUGUGUCCGACCAUUAAACAUCAGAUUAAGGCGAAGCUUAAGAAAGAGGUUUAUGAUGCGGUUAAGGACAAGCACAACGUCAUACCUAACGGCAAUGUGAAAAAUGAUUUGACGUCACUUAAAGACUUUCUGCUGAAAUACGCCGACGCAGUUGAUAAGCAACUUAAGCCUGUCAGCGGUAGUGGUCAAGCAAAUACGUUCGUCUCUGACAUAGUCGGGCAGGUUGAGAAAGAUAAGAAGAUUGUGAAUCAACCACCCCAAAAGACAAACAACGAUGUUCUCACCUUCGCCGUCGAAGCGAUCUUUGUCGCCGUUGCCGCCAAAGCCAGGCGAGCCGCCGGCGAAAUUAACUCACUACUUCUCGACACCAGGGUGGGCAAAAAUAACAGCAGCAAAAAAAGCAUUGCAGAGGAAAUAGAUGAUGCUCUAAAGAUUGCAAAGACGCUUCACGAGCAGCAUAACCAGGCGACCAGCAAAUCCGUCCCUCCCGGCAAAGAUGAAAGCCCCGCCCAAGCCGUGGACAGCAAGUUGGCGGUGGUGAGGGAUGAGGUUAAAACGCUUGAUGACAAAUUUAAGACGGUCAAACAUGACCUUCAGACUGCAGUCACCGGACUUCCCGGCGCCGUUAAGACGUUCAACUCCACCGCCGAACAUCAGAUCAGGGCUGCCGCCCAGACGGCCAUCAAAAAGGCGGCUGGGCAGAUUAGUGAGACCGGUCAACAAAUUGACUUGAAGGAGAAGAUGAAGACGUUUCACGAUCAGUUCUCUAAUAUCAUCCAUAACAAAACAGGCCUCCAACCACAACUGAAAGACCUAGUGGACAAGUACAUCGGGAAGAAUUACCUGGAGGGUGUUACGCCAUUUGUUAGAGCCGAUAAAGUCAUCAUUACAAAUAUAAAUUUUAAGGAAUACGAUUAUCAUGUUAAACAAAAUUCAGCAGGCCUUGCGACCCGAAAUCUAAAAGGCAUUAAAGACGAAGGCCUUCUCCCACUGGCGAUCGGGAACAUCAAAAAGGAGGUGUGCGGUGCUUUGAAUAUGAUUGAUCCACAUUAUAGUGCCAUUGUUGGUAUCAGAGACAAAAUUGACGAUAAAACAUUUACCGUUCCGUUCGACAAAAUUAAAUCAGAGAUUGAACAGAUCAAGAAAUUGGUUGAGAAUAAGACGCAGCAGCAGCCGCCAGGACAGGACCAUGAUGGUGUAAAGGAUUUGUUAGAGAAGCUUCGGAAGGGGCUUGGCAAAGAGAAGUUGGAGAAAGCUGAUAAAGGUCUGCAAGAAAUUUAUGAUGAAAUUAAUAAGCUGCAAACCGGUAAGUUUGACAGUGAACCAAAAGCAAUUGACACAGCCGUCAAAGCAAUUAGGCAGCAGCUUAAAGACCUUAGAGAUAAAUUGCAAAAGAAUAACGGUGAGGAUGUUAUUUUGACCUUGACAGAGCUGCAGAGCAAGGGUCUUGAAAAACAAGAUUGGCAGAAUGGUAAAGGUCAACCUCUCAGUGGCCUUGGGAAAAUCCAGCAGGGACUUCAGGAGCAGAAUAAGCAACUGGGCGAGCAAAACAAGAUUAUUGGAGAUGCUGUAAGAAAAAUUCAGUUGCAACUUAGAUAUCUUGGAUUCAAGUUGGACCAUGACUUCGUCCCCGAUGACAUCAUGGAUCAAUUGCAAAAAUUAAAAAGUGAGAUUGAUAAAGGUGGACGAGGAGGACUGCAGAAAAUUCAUGACGUGAUAAGUGGACUACAAAAAGGGGAAUUUACUUCGAACCCCAAAGCCAUCGGAGAAGCCAACGAGGCAAUCAAAGCGGAACUCAAAGCGCAGAUGAGCGCGCUGGACAGUGAUGUCAUUGAGACGCUGACCAAUUUGAUGACCACGGGGCUGAGUAAUGAGGCAAGUUGGCAGCCUAGUGGACAGAAAAAUGCCAAGGGCCUUGAUCAUAUUAUUAGUGAGCUCAACACUCAACAAACUACGCUGUCCACUCAGCCCACUGCAAUCGGCAGUGGCGUUCAGAAGAUCACCAGGGAGCUUGACGAUCUGAGGAGUGAGUUGCAGGGUGAGGAAGGCGAAAAUGCAGAAAAAAGAGGCGUGAUCAAGAAUAUGGAUUUUGUGAUAAAGCAGAUUGGAACAAAGGAUGACGAUCCUAAUAGCCUCAGAAAAAUCAAGAAAGACAUUGACACGCUCAAUAGGGACACAGUCCCUGACAUCAACAAAUUCCUUGGUGAACUGUGCGCCAAGAUUGCGAGCGAAGCCGGCAGUGUCGACUGGCAGUUGGGGCUUUUCAAAGAGAAUAACAUCGACAAAGACCUCGAAAAAAUCAAGUCACAAAUUGACACCCUCCGCACCGGUGACCUCCAGGCGGCCAUCGAGGCGUGCGACCAGUUCCUCACCAACGCCGAUUACAUAGAGAAGGACACUGUGAAGGAGCUUGAGAAAUUCGUGGACUACGAGGUGGAAGAUGCAAUCGCGGAGCUCAGCAAGCAGGCGCGGCGUGACUACGUGGAGUCCGCGAAGGACGCAUUAAAACACUUCGCCGCCAAGGCGUCCGGGGAGCUGGAGACUCUGCCCGGCGAGAUAAACAGGGAUCUCUUCGUGGGCUUCAAGGGCUUCAUGAAGCAGAUGGAGGGUGAGCGCAGCGAAAACAUUAAUAGGCUAAGGAACGUGCAGAGCAGAAUGCUCCGAGCAUUGUCCUCCGCGUUCCACGCUUUCUACAGCCCGCUCAACGAGUACGUCAGCAGUGAGAUCCGGAGGGAGCACAGGGAGCGUGAGGGCGAAAAAAAUCCCCUGCUCCCCAAGUCCCAAGACGAUUACACCGAUGAACUCAAUGGAGUCUACUCGGCGCUCAGCGCUCUGCUCACCCACAUAACCGGUGCGCAACGCUACGGCCAUGAGGUCCGUGGUCUGCUUGACGCGCUUGACAAGGCACUCGCCGGCCUCAGGCCGGAGUGCUUCGCCAGGCCAAGCACGGCUGUGAUAGACGGCGUGACGGACGGGCUCAGUGCCUUCGCCGCCGAGCUGAGGAACGCGUACAUCAGUGCGUACUCCGGCGCCGCGCUCACCGGUGACUUAGUCAGCAGUGAGGCCGUGACUGCGGCCGAAGCCUCUGGGGGCCGGAAGGCCGUGAGCGAGAGAAGCGUCACAGUGUUGACACCUUAUGGCGAGAAUCUGUGUAAGGUGUUGCUCAGCAUAGUGCCGAUACUUGACAGUUCAUUGACAAGGUUGAGGAUGGAGUGUAAGAGCCUCGCCGGACAGCGUCUCAACUCAUCCACUGAUCUCGGCAGGCUCAUCGCCGAAAUGGGCUACAGAGUCCCAGGCGACGGCGAGCAGGACGGCGAGUUGGACAGCCACGUGACCGGUAAGAGAAUUACCAUGCUCCUUGUCGGCAAUUUCGAACGUGUCUUCAACUCUGAUAAACACACCAAGAAUGCGCUCGGGAUUCUUCUCGAAUGUCUCAAUGAUUACUACAAGGCGUGUCACUACGCCGCUUACUCUUCCACCAGGUCGCCGUGCAACGUCUACGAGAUGCUCGUAUGGCUGACGGGCCUCCCGUACAACUGUGUCUACGAUAAGUUGCGUAAAUGCAUUAAAUUGUGUUACGACGAGCAGACUGAGAAUAGCCUCUAUGCCGCCACUUUCCCUGCCGACGCCUUGGUUAAAGCCGUUGGGAGGCUCACCGCCGACUGUCCCAGCAUCCUCACCAGAGUGCUCGGCUACGGCAGUGCUCUGACAACCUACGCCUGCGACUUCUAUAGCAACUCCAUGAGACUGUAUUACCCGCAGGACGGCGAGGAAUGCCUGCAUCAGCUGCUGCACUUGCUACGUUGCUUAUUGCCACCGCUCAGGUUCCUGCUCUCCCAGUGCUCACUCCCCGCCCACCACGGCGGCUGGUCGGAGUGUAAGUACGGCAAGGGCGUCCCACCGUACACGUGGCAGUGCGCUCCUCCGGUCACCGUCCUGCCUACCCCUCACCCGGAGUGCAGUGAUAAAUCGCCGUUGAUGUCGUACCUCAACGACUGCCUGCCCGGCCACCUGCCUCACCAGGUUGCCAACAUCGGCUGUGAGCCUGUAUGUCAGACGUGUCCCCGUGGACCAAAUGGCACGCCCUGCCUCACUCCGCUCGGCUUCCGGGGGUUCUCGGGCAGCAUCAAGACGGGCAAGCAGCUGUGCAAAGCACUGGCCAAAUGGUUCGGCAACAAGCAUCUCCCAUCGCUGCUCAGCCUCGAACCCAGACCGCCGCUCACGCUGGCUGAGCACUUCGGCUUCGCCACGUCCCUCGUCACCGACUGGCACGACGGCAGUAUUGUGCCCAAGAACGGCCUCCAAAAGGCCCUCGAGGCAUCCGCCGCGGACUUGUCACUGCGCCUGUGUAAGCAACCCGGUGACCUGACCGCAGCGCUCACCGCCGCCUACGGCUCGGACUCCGCGAAACACGGCGGCUGCAAGCACCCGCACCUCAUGCAUCUCGCAGCCUCCGACGUCUGCACAAGACACCAAGCUUCGCCCUUCCUCACCGCACUCUGCCGCGAUGCGUAUCAUUGCUUACCUCACCGACACGCCGACCUGUACCUCUCAUGGGCCGUAUACCUCCCAUGGCAACUGUGGGAGUAUCUUGAAUUGCUGUAUAACGCGCUCAAGGAAAUCUCCUGCCGGGACUGGGGUUGCGAUGCGUGCCUUCAUGAAGGCCCCUGUGAUCGGGGGAGCCACGGCGUUCUUCGCCCCGAGCCUCCUGGCCACGGCUGCCGAUGCCCCUCCAUCGUCAGCUGUAGAGGCGUGAUGCCGACGCUCUACCAAUACGGACUGACCUUCAUGGACGCAUCGGUCCUGAUAUCGCAAAACACAACAUGCUUUACCUUCCGCACGCAGCUGGGCAAGGUCCUCCACUCAAAGCAUUUCAGAGAUCUGUUCGACAAAUGCGAUCAGUUCUUGUGGAAGAUAAGAACACCGUUCUUCUUCACCCUUGUCGUACUCUGGUCUGUCACCUUCCUCCUGUUUGCUCACACUCUGCUUUACCGCCUGGACGUGCUACGCAUCCGCUCCCAUCUCCUCACCACCAGGGCCUCACACCUCAUCGAUGUCAAGGCGCUGCUCUCCACCGGCCGCAGGAUGCUCUCACUCUACAAGGACUGGAUUGAGGCUGCGGACGCCGCCGUUCAGGCGGCUAAGGUGAAGGCGGAAGAUGUGCACAGGAGGUUGGAUCAUAAUAAAAACGAUGCUUCAGGGACCGUGAUUGGUCAGGGGAUUGGUAAAAUUGAGGAAGCUAAAGACAAAGUUAAGCAAGUUGACAAAAAGCUCAGUCAGCAUAUUGAUGAGUUGGGAACAUGGAAAUCUGCGGCGCACAGUGUCCUUUCCACAGCGGUUGACAAAGCAAGAGAUGUCCAUGGCAAGUUGGAUCCUAAUCAGAAAGAUGACACACAUCCUAUUGGUCACAACAUUGAGAAGAUUCACACAUCCAACGAGGCGAUUAAAAAAGCAAAUGAGGACCUUAAAACACAAGUUGAGAGUCUGCAUUCUUGGAUUGGCACCGCGGAGGACAUCCGCCAAAAGGCCCAGCAGAAAGCGGAAGAGGCUUAUAAAAAGCUAAAACCUCAUGAGGCUCUGAGUAAGAAAAUCGGAGAGAUUAUGGAUGCUAAUAAGAAAAUUAAAGAUGUUCAUAAAAAUUUUGGUGGACAUCUUGGGAGUUUGAAUAGUUGGAAGCAGCAGGCUAGGACAGUGCUUCAAGGGGCGAUUAGCAAGGCGACGGACGUGUAUAAUGAAUUGGAUAUAGAGACGAAUGGACAGAGUAAGACGUUGAAGCAAAAAAUUGGUGAUAUUGACAAUGCUAGAUCGCAAAUUGUGUCUGCGAAUGAGAAUCUCGGAAAUGAAGUUACGACAUUAGGUAAUUGGAAGUCUGCGGCCGGGAGUGUUAUUACCAAGGCGGAAAAGAAGUGUGAUCAGAUACUUAAGAAAGUUGGUAAAAAGUCGAAUAAUAAUAAUGAUGUUGUAAUUAAAAAGGAAGCAGACGCACUGCAGAAAAAAGCCAAUGACCUUUUGAACGCUUACAGCCAGGCGCAUGGGAAUGUUACUGGUUUAGUAAGUAAAGUUACUGAGGCCGUUAAAGAUUUGGAAGCCGGCAUGAAAGAUGAUUUGCGGAGGCUGCAAAAGGAUAUUGUGAACAGUAUGAAAAAGCAUGUUGGUGAAAUGCUUUUGCAGAUUAAGGGGCAAGUGGAGAGCAUUAAGGGGAGUGACACAAGUAGUUGGAGUGGCGAAACUCCAAGUGGUCUGGAUGGCAUUGUCGCUGGAGUGCAAAAAUAUGCGGAGGCUUUUCGCAACAAUAAUUUUGCAGAAAUUGCCAAGGGCUGGUUGGAAGCCACAAUCUUGAGGUACAACGGCACCGUGCGGAGGAUACUCGGCAUGGAGCAGGAGUAUAAUGAGAGUAGAGACAGCAAUAUAAAGGAGUUCGCGAUUGAAAUGAAAAAGAGGCUUAGCGAUGACGUUACAAUUGCAGCCAAAGAGGCGUUCGAAGGUGUUAAUAUCGUCAGCGGCGGUAUCACUAAAAGUAUUCAAGCUGUCCAAAGGCUUUGCAAUGGAUUUGCCACGGCGCUGGAUAAAGAGCUUUAUACUGCUGAACGAAAAACAGUCGACUAUGUAAAGGAAAAGGCGUUGAACGUGGGACGGCUCGUCGCCAAUAUUAAAAAUUGCGUCUGCGAGUGCGACGCACAAUGCACAAAAUGCAAAAAUGGAGAGUGUGGCAAAAAAGCCGCCGCGGAAUUGAUAAUGUGCGCGCUCACCUCUACAGUGCGGCAAGUGGGCAACGAACUGGAAUCUGUAUUUCUCGGCGGCGGUGCAAAGGUGGGCGGCAACAGAAGCAUCGCACAGGAAUUGGAUACGGUGGUUGGUGUAACUAGGACGCUGCACAAGAAUCUGCAAGAUGCGCACAAUGCAACUAGAAAUCCUCCCACUCAAGGCCCGACUAGCCAAGGCCCCAAUAAAAUUCUGCAGAAAGUCAAGGAGAUUGAGACGGAAGUCAACAAGGGGAUGAAGGGCAAUGGUAAAUUUGUAGUUGAUGAAAUCAUGGAGACUUAUAAAGCGAAGAGAGAUGGAAAGGGGGCAGGAAAAAUAGACAGCCAAUAUCAAAAGUUGCUUGCAGACAUUCCCCAGGCGCUGCAGCCUUUCAAGUCUGUCGACGGUUUCAAGGACCAACUCAAAGACCAAAAUGUCGAUCCACAAAAACGUGAAGUCGGCGACCACGUCACCAACAUCGAAAAAGAACUCAAAGCCAUCGCGUGGUUCGUGGAUAAAAGCAAGAACAGUAAGCCCGACGGUUACAAAGGUCUGGACGAUGAUGGCAUCAAGCAGCACUUGAGUGACCUGAGGGAGGGGCUUGGAAAGGGUGACUGGACAGGUAAGAAAAUCAAUGGCGACAAAAAUCUGCAAGGCCUUGAGAAAAUCAGGGAGGACAUUCAAAAGCUGCAUGACAGUGAAUUUAGCAAAACUAAGCACAUCGGAGAGGCCGUCGACCAAAUUAAGCAGCAGCUUGGACAGCUCAGGAAGCAGUUGAAGAAAGAUGCAAGUGGAGCGUCAGACAACGAUGUGAUAAACGCUUUGAGUGACUUGAGAGAGAAGGGGCUUGGUGGUCAUUGGAAUGGUAACGGCGGAGAUUGGAAGGACACUAAAGGUUUAACAACAAUCGAGAUACAACUUCAGCAUCAGAAUGCUAUAUUACCUGAGCAAACAGAAAUAAUUGGCAAGGCUAUAAAAGAAAUUCGUGGACAACUUGCAUCAAUUGGAUACAGGUUGAAUGAUUAUGGAUCAUAUGAUGACGUCGUUGACCAGUUGCAAAGGUUGGCCAAUUACAUCGGUAAAGGCAAAAGCACAAAUGGAUACAGUCUCAAUCUUCAAGCAAUUUACGAGGCAAUUAAACAGCUUCACGACGAUCAAUUUACUAACCAACCUAACGAAAUCAGCAAAGCCAACGAGGCAAUCAAAGUGGCACUCAACGAGCAGAUGGACACGCUGGACAGUGAUGUCAUCAGCACGCUGAGUGAUUUGAUGGGCAAGGGGAUGAGUAACGAGGCAAGUUGGAAUGAUGAUAACAAUGCUAAGGGCUUGGAGAAUAUUGAAAAUGGCCUUCACGCUCAACAAAGUGAGUUGACUGGACAACCCACUGAAAUAAAGCAAGGCGUCGACAAAAUCACCGGGGAGCUUGAUAGGCUGAGGAAUGAGUUGCAGGGUGAGGAUGCCGGUGAGCCAAAAGAAAGAGGCGUGAUAACGAAUUUGGAAUUCAUGAUAAAGGAGAUUGGGAAAGACAAAAGUAGUGGACUAAAUAAAAUCACCAAGGACAUUGACAGCCUCAACAGGGAGACAGUCCCUCUAGUCAACAAGCAUCUGGGGGACCUGUGCGGUGUGAUUUCGGACAAUGCUGCAAAGACAAAUUGGCAACUGGAUUAUUUCAAAGAGGAUAACAUUGAUGAUAAACUGCAAGGCAUAAAGAAUGACAUUAACACCCUCCGCACCGAUGACCUCCAGGAGGCAAUAGAGAUGUGCGACAAGUUCCUCACCGACGCCGACGACAUAGAGAGGAACACAGUGAGGGAGCUUGAGAAAUUCGUGGACUACGAGGUGGAAGAUGCAAUCGCGGAGCUCACCAAGGAGGCGCGGCGUGACUACGUGGAGUCCGCCAGGGACGCGCUGAAACACUUCGCCUUAAAGGCGGAGAGCGAGCUGGAGGAGCUGCCCGGCGAGAUAAACAGGGAUCUCUUCGUGGGCUUCAAGGGCUUCAUGAAAUACGUGUACGGACAUUUUGAUAACCUCGAAAGCGUGAUGGAAGAGAAGGAAAUUCAAGCAUUGUCCUCCGCGUUCCACGCUUUCUACGCGCCGCUCAACGAGUAUCUGGGCAACGAGAUCAGGAGGGAGCACAGGGAGCGUGAGGGGGAUAAAAAUCCUCUGCUGCCCGAGUCCCAGGAUCACUACGCUGACAGACUUAGUGCAGUUCACACGGCGCUCAGCGCUCUGCUCACCCACAUAACCGGUGCGCAACGCUACGGCCAUGAGGUCCGUGGUCUGCUUGACGCGCUUGACAAGGCACUCGCCGGCCUCAGGCCGGAGUGCUUCGCCAGGCCAAGCACGGCUGUGAUAGACGGCGUGACGGACGGGCUCAGUGCCUUCGCCGCCGAGCUGAGGAACGCGUACAUCAGUGCGUACUCCGGCGCCGCGCUCACCGGUGACUUAGUCAGCAGUGAGGCCGUGACUGCGGCCGAAGCCUCUGGGGGCCGGAAGGCCGUGAGCGAGAGAAGCGUCACCGUGUUGACGCCCUACGGCGAGAAUCUGUGUAAGGUCUUGCUCAGCAUAGUGCCGAUACUUGACAGUUCAUUCGCCGUGUUGAAACAUAACUGCAGGAGCCUCGCCGGACAGCAUCUCAACUCAUCCACGGACCUCGGCAGACUCCUCGCCGAGAUGGGCUACAGAGUCCCAGACUACGGCGAGCAGGACGGCGAGUUGAACAGACACGUGACCGGUAAGGGAAUUACCGUGCUCCUCGUCGGCGAUCACAGCCGCGUCUUCAACUCCCACAGGCACGCCAAAAACGCGCUCGGCAUUCUCCUCGAAUGUCUCAACGACUACUACAAGGCGUGCCACUACGCAGCUUACUCCGCCACCAGGGCGCCCUGCAACGUCUACGAGAUGCUCUGUUGGCUGACGGGCCUUAAGUACAACUGUGUCUAUGAUAAGUUGCGUAAAUGCAUUAAAAUGUGUCACGAGGAGCAUACUGAGAAUAGCCUAUAUCCCACCGCAUUGACUGCCGAUGCUUUGGUUUCCGCCGUUAACAGCCUCACCGCCGACUCUCCCACCUUGCUCACCAGGGUGCUCGGCUACGGCAACGCAUUCACAACCUACGCCGUUGACUUCUAUAACAACUCACUGCAACUGUACUACCCGCAGGACGGCGAGGACUGCCUGCAUCUGCUGCUGCACUUGCUACGUUUCUUGUUGCCAGCGCUCAGGUUCCUGCUCUGCCGGUGCUCACUGCCCGUCCACCUCGGCGGCUGGGCGCAGUGCAGGUACGGCAGGGACGUGCCGCCAUACAACUGGCAGUGCGCUCCUCCUGUUACUGCUAUGCCUACCCCUCACCCCGAGUGCUCCGACAAGUCGCCCCUGAUGUCGUACCUCAACGACUGCCUGCCCGGCCACCUGCCUCACCAGGUCAGCGCCAUCGGAUGUGAGCCUCGGUGUAACACCUGUCCCAGUGCACCAAGUGGAAUGCCCUGCCUGAUUCCCCUUGGCUUCCGGGGUUUCUCGGGCAGCACCAAGACGGGCAAACAGCUGUGCGAAGUGCUGACCAAACUCUUCACCAACGAGCAUCUCUCAUCGCUGCUCAGCCUCGAACCCAGACCGCCGGCCACCUUGGCUGAGCACAUAGGCUUCGCCCUGUCCCUCGUCGGCGACUGGCACGACGGCAAGAUUGUGCCUAAGAAUUCCCUCCAAACGGCCCUCGAGGCAUCCGCCGCGGACUUGUCACUGCGCCUGUGUAAGCAACCCGGUGACCUGACCGCAGCGCUCACCGCCGCCUACGGCUCGGACUCCGCGAAACACGGCGGCUGCAAGCACCCGCACCUGACGCAUCUCGCAGGCACUGACGUCUGCACCAGGCACCAAGCUUCGCCUUUCCUCCAAGCCCUCUGCCGCGACUCCUACGACAGCCUCGCCCACCGACACUCAGGCCUCUACCUCUCAUGGGCCGUCUACCUCCCGUGGACGUUCUAUGAUCUGUUGCAGUGUCUAUACACCGCGUUCAAGGAAAUCUCCUGCCGGGACUGGAGCUGCGAUGCGUGCCUUCACGAAGGCCCCUGUGAUCCAGACAGCCACGGCGUCCUAAACCCCAAGGCACCCGUCCACGGCUGCCGAUGCCCUUCCAUCGUCCAGUGCAGAGGCGUCAUGCCCACCUUGUACAGCUACGGCCUCACCUUCAGGGACGCAUCGGCGCUGGUAUCUCAAGACACAUCAUGCUCCAGCUUCUCCACGCAGCUCUCCCAAGUCCUCCCCUCUGAGUAUUUCAGAGAUCUCUUCCACAAGUGUGAUGAGUUCCUCUGGCACAUCAGGACGCCCUUCCUCUUCGCCAUCACAGCACUCUGGCUCAUCGCCGCGCUCUACAUCCUCGUCAUGCUCCUCUACCGCAUGGACGUGCUGCGCAUCCGCUCCCACCUACUCACCACCAGGGCCUCUCACCUCAUCGACGUCAAGGCUUUGCUCGCCGGCAGCAGGAGAAUGCUCUCACUCCACAAGGACGUCGACUACUUCGACGAUGACUUUCACUCGUGA